AUGGGCAUCCAGAGAAGGAGUCCAGGGCCUCUACUGACAGGCCUAUCUGUGGGGCUGCUACUGCUUUUCAGUUGGAUGAACCUUGCCCACCCGACCGACCUCUCAGCACUGGCUCACCAUCCCCAUCUGUGCCAAACCACUCGGGACGCUGAAGGCCACCACUACCCGGGUUUCUUCUGUCCCCGCCUCUCGGACACUCCUGAGGAAGUCUACUGUUGUCGCCUGCAGGCUGCCGGGGGUUCCUGCUGUACCCGCGACGAAUUUGAGGCCCUGUACCAAGUCAACUUGUCUACUCUCCAACCCCCACCCAUCCUCAGGGGGCCAGGCCCGCUCCUAGCACUGGGCUUCUACAGUCUUCUUCUGGUGGCACUGAUGACCGCAGAUUUCGUGCACUUCUGCCGCGGUCGGGGACGGAGGGAAAGCCUAAACGCCAGCCGCUACCGUCCAGGCUUUCGGGGCUCCGCGGCGCGCCCCCUACGGGUCCCGGUGGGGACAGACUAGAUGCGUCCCUGC